AUGCCUGAUAAUACUUCAGCACUGAGCGGAUAUGCGUACACCCAAGAGCUAUUAACUGGACCUAGUACGCAAUGUCAAGAGUUGAUGCGCCUCUCACGUGAAGCGUAUAUACUGUUAUGCAAUCAUUUUAGACAAAGAAAUUGGGUGAAAGAUAGUAGAUAUGUUAGUGUAGAAGAGAAAAUGGCAAUGUUUUUGAUGAUGAUCGGCCAUAACGAGCGUUACAGAGUAAUUAAACGUAGAUUUCAACGCUCCACAAGAACUGUUCAUGUUUGUUUCCAUGAAGUUUUACUGGGUAUGAUGGAAUUCGCAAGAGAAAUAGUGGUGCCAACAACUUCUGAUACAACUUCAAAUACGUCGAGUCAUCAAAGACGUUUGAGAGAAAUAUUUCCGGGUGCAAUAGGUGCUCUAGAUGGUACCCUUAUACAUGCAAUUGUGCCGGCUAGUCAUCAAACUGCUUACAGGGGAAGAGGAGGCGGUCGAUGCUAUCAAAAUGUUCUAGGAAUUUGUGAUUUCAACAUGAUAUUCACUUUUGUUUGGGCUGGAUGGGAAGGCAUAGCGCAUGAUUCUAGAAUACUUAGGGAAGUUGCUUUUAACCCAAGAUCCGGUUUUCCCUUUCCACCACAAGAUAAAUAUUAUCUUUGUGAUGCUGCGUACGCCAAUGCUCGUGGAUUUUUGGCUCCAUAUCGUAACACAAGGUAUUGGUUGGCAGAUUUUCGACGUCGACGCGCUUUGACGAAAGAAGAAAGGUUUAAUCAUGCACAUGCCCAACUCAGAAAUGUUAUUGAACGUGCUUACGGUGUCUUGAAAGCGAGAUUUCCGAUCUUAAAGCAGAUGGCUCCCUUUCCAUUUACAACACAAAGAAAUGUGGUAAUUGCUUGCUUUGCGAUACAUAAUUUCAUCAGAAAAUAUAAUAUUCAAGACCAGUUGUUUAUGGAGUGCAAUGAGGAUAGUAUAUUUAACAACGAAGAAGAAGUCGAAGGAAAUGGAGAAGAAGAAUUGGACAUUUCACAAUGGGGUGCUAAUAGCACUCAAUAUAUGGCUACUUUGAGAGAUGAAAUUGCAAAUAGUUUGGUCAAUAAUGUUUGAACUUGGAUUUUUGUGUUUCAACUUGUAUUUGAACUUGGCUACUUUGUGUUUGAA